UAUAGCUAAGUAAAACUUUCAUUGCUGUUUUUAACUAAUAUUAUUAUUCUCAUGUGUCUAGGCCAUGUUUGGAUUUGGCUUUUUGGUUCUCAUACUGAAUCAGUUUCAUCUUUUUGCUACUAUGCAUCCUGGAUUCUAUCCAUGUGAAAGUCACACUUCCAAGGACGGACACGUAAAUAUCGACUGCCAGCACAGACGUCUCGGUAAAAUCCCCAAGUUCACAUCCCUCUCUGCCGUAUCACUCAACUUAAAUCUAAACCAUAUACACUACAUUAAAGGGGAUGCAUUUUCUGGUUUACCCAAUCUCAAGCAUCUCAGCUUGAUGUGGAACUGUGUACCAGAACUCAAAGAGCAGAGAUGGCCUUCAUGCAACCUGAAUGUUGAUCCAGAAGCAUUUGUCGGACUCAGAAACCUGACUUCGCUCCAGUUAGCAGGGAAUAGCCUGAAGAGCAUUCCUCCUCUGCCAAAGCAGCUUUUGGUCUUAGGACUGGAAUUUAACAACAUCUUUCAUAUCGUCAAACCUCUCGGUACACCUCUACUGAAACAACUACUGCUCAGCAAGAAUUGUUUCUACGCCAACCCGUGUGAUCAGUCUUACUUUAUCGACCCACGUGUGUUUCAGGAUCUUCCUGAGCUUUUGAACCUUACCCUUAGUUACAACAAUGUGACCGCUGUUCCCCAACAUCUCCCACUUUCACUGGAAAGCCUAGAUUUGGGAGAGAACAAGAUUGAACGUAUUAACAAAGACUCUUUUGGCAAUCUUACAUAUCUGCGACAUCUGAACCUCGGUUGGAACUGCCAAAGAUGUGACCAUGCUUCCGAACCCUGUUUCCCAUGCCCGGACAACCAGUCUCUGCAUCUGCAUCCGGAUGCGUUUCUGCAUCAGAACGACUCUCUAAUCAGUCUAAGUCUGCGAGGAAACUCUCUUCGUACACUUCCCCGGCAUCUCUUCCUGCAGCUACACAAUCUCCGAGAUCUGGAUCUAUCCGACAACUUUCUAGCCUAUGCCAUACAGAAUGGCACCUUUUAUGAGGAGCUCCAGCAUGUUGUGUCCCUCAGUCUGCUUUACAACUAUGAACCCCUGAACACCUUCUCUGAGUUGAUUCUGUCACCAGCCAUAGAGAAGAUGACGGCUUUAAGAGAGUUGUAUCUGAGUGGAUUAUUCUUCAAAGAACUGUCGGACCACAGCCUCGCACAUCUGAUCAAACUCCCAAGACUGGAGUCCCUUGAGCUGCGCAUGAACUUCAUCUGCUCCAUUAGCAUUGAUUCGAUUAGCAAAAUGAGGAAGUUAAGAAGAGUGGGACUCUCCCAAAACAUGCUUGCUUUCAGUCCAUGUUACUCAACCUGCAAUUCUGAAGACACAUCAAAUUACCAAACCCUUGAUAAACGCCACGACCGUGAACAUUACAACUUGCAAAUCCCAGAAGUCCCAGAGCUGAACUCUAAGCAGGGCUCUGACGGAGAUCACUGUCCUUUUUACUACUCAAUGUGGCAUUUCAAAAAGCAGAUCUGCUCUAAAAGCCUGUUUUUUGACCUGUCUCAAAACAACAUCCCAUGGCUGAAUGCAAGCACUUUCAGCGGCAUGGAAAACGUGGUAUGCAUAGAUCUAUCCUACAACUACAUCAGCCAAUCUUUAAACGGCCAACAGUUCUCAAGUCUAAGCAAACUAGCUUUCCUUAAUAUGGCGCACAACCGCAUCGACCUGUACUCUGAAAAGGCGUUUCGAGAGGUUAGUGGGACGCUGAAAGCUCUUGAUCUCAGCAAUAACGAAUUCCACUUUGUCAUGAAGGGAAUGGGACAUCGCUUCACGUUCCUUUUACACUUGUCGUCUCUUAAAGUACUGAGUCUAGCGAACAAUCACAUCGGUUUACGAAUCUCUAACGUUCUCAAUAGCACUUCCCUGAAGUACUUUGUGUUCUCGGGGAAUCGUUUGGACAUAAUGUGGGACUCUAGGCGUAACCAAUACGCGCAUUUCUUCCAAGGUCUUACUAACCUUACACACUUAGACAUUUCUGAAAACCAUCUGAAAUCAUUCCCCCCGGAGGUGAUGGUGAACUUGCCUUCGAGCCUCCAGGUGCUCCGCGUCGACUCCAACAUGCUGAGCUAUUUUCCCUGGGCAAACAUCUCAGUCCUCAAACAGCUCUGUUUCCUGAACCUCAGCUCAAACAUGCUUUCGUUCUUACCUUACAUCCAUUUUGAGCUGCGUCUCAUAAGCCUGGACUUAAGUCACAAUCGGCUAGUUGCAAUCCCAAGGGUUUUCCUUAGUCAGGCAGUGCACCUUAAACACCUAAUGCUCAACCACAACCAGCUGAAGAUCCUUGACGUACACGCUCUUCCCUUGUCGUUUCAUAAAGGUGAUGCUUUCUGUGCGGCUGGGGGGAAUAAUAAUGCGUCCUCCUGCAAACUUGUCCUGCACGCCAAUCCUUUUAUCUGUAGUUGCAUUAUCUCCGACUUUGCCAAAUUCCUCAGAGAAACUGAGCUGGAUAUCCCACACCUCACCACACAGGUUCACUGUGCUUACCCAGAGUCAUUGGCCGGCGUGAACGUCCUCUCGGUUGACCUUCGCUCCUGCCAGGAGAUAUUUGGGGGAUUCGCUUUACUCUGUACGUUAUUGUUGACAUUGGCCGCGACCAGCAUUCCCCUGUUAAAGCAUCUCUACGGCUGGGAUCUGUGGUAUUGCAUCCAGAUUUUAUGGACCGGACACAAGGGACACACUCCAGCCAACGGGAACACGGCCGAUAACCAGUACGAUGCGUUUGUGGUCUUUGAUACGAGUAACAAGGCUGUCAGAGAUUGGAUCUACAAGGAGAUGAUUGCGAGAUUGGAGAGCAGGGGGAGAUGGCGCUUUCGGCUUUGCCUAGAGGAGCGUGACUGGUUGCCUGGAGUAUCUUGCAUAGAGAACCUCCACCAGGCGGUGUACAGCAGCAGAAAGACGGUGUUUGUGUUGACCAGCCCUAGUGGCUACACUCACGCGAGUGGGAUUGUCCGACAAGCCUUUCUUCUGGUUCAGCAGCGGCUUCUAGAUGAGAAAGUGGAUGUUGCCGUUCUUGUUUUGCUGGACCUUGUCUUCCCCAAGUUCAAAUACCUUCAGAUGAGGAAGCGGCUCUGCAAGAAGUCCGUCCUGUCGUGGCCCAAGAACCCGCGAGGGCAGCCGCUCUUCUGGAAUGACUUGCGUGUCGCUCUUGUUUCUGACAAUGUCAAAGCCUACAACAAAAAUGUCACAGAGGGCUUCUUAUAAAAAGGCUAAAGUGUAUUGAGAAUAUGUAGUUUAUAUGCAUUGAGAAUAUGUAUUUUAUGUCGUCCUGUUGUUUAGUUGAUUUUUGGUCGGGGAUU